GUGGAUUUCAGUAUCAACAUUUUUUCUAUAAAAGCCUCAAAAAAUUUAAAUCCGCUUUAUUUGAGUUAGUAAUUUUAAUCGACAUAAAAAAUGAAAAUCUUUGCAAUCCUCCUAAUAGCCAUUGCAGUUAUUCUGCAUUCCUCUGUGGCCCUUAAAAAUACCAUUUGCGGCUUGGAACAUUCCAAAACUACCAACAGUGCUGGUGCAAGCUGUUAUGCCAUGAUUCCGUCUUGGAGUUACAACGCCGAUGCCAAGGAGUGCAUCCAUUUCGUCUAUGGCGGUUGCAACGGCAAUGAGAAUCGUUUCAGAACCAAAGAAGAGUGCCUCGAAAUGUGCGCUGAGUGAAGAUGUGAUUUAUUGUGGCAAUUGAAUUGUUUUUGAAUGAUUUUUAAAGGAACUCAAAAUAAAUGUCAUCUAUUUUUUAUAAA